UCGGGUUGAGUAAACAAGUGAUUUGUUUGGGUGAGUUUUUUGUUUUUAUUUUGGUUAUUAAAUUUAGCAGAUGAACAUAUAAAAAUUUCUUUAUUUUGCAUUUUGUGCUGAACGUACUACUCUCUAGUGACUUGUUUAUGCAGUGACUGGCUAAUAUUUAGUUCGAGCAUGACAUUACACUGGUGGAUGCAUUGGUUCUGGAUCACAUUCACCACAUCACCAGCAUUUGGGAUUCUAGUUUUCUUCGUCAGCCUCACAGCCAGUCCACAAGUCUACUCCCAACAGAGCAGUGUUCCAGCAUUGCUGUCUGAUGGACCUAGAACCCUACAUAUAAGACAGGCUGGAGGUCUUUCCAGUAAGGCCCAGCCAACUUCUUUGCCACACCGUCAUCAAGACAGUGUCAAAAAUGUGAUCUCUAAACGAGAACGAUAUGGACGCAGUUUUAAGUACUCAAACGAUCAUUCACAGAUUUUUAAUUUAGUCCCAUUGCUUUCAAAGAAUUUCUCAUUAUUUCAUCAAACUUGUGUACGUAAUUUUGUGAUCACUGAUGACAGUAGUGAAAUUGAACAGAAAAACAUUUCAUCACAUGUGAACACUACAGAAUAUCAAAGGAAGUUGAGUUCAUCAAAGGAAGUUAGUGAACUACCAGUUUUUCUCAGUGUGUUACUUCCACUACUUAAAAAGAACAAAGUGUCCAAGCAGAAUCUUAUUCACAAGACACACCCCUCCCUGCAAAUAGCUCUUGGAAACAAAAAUGAUUUUGAUGUUAUAAGUAGUUAUCACAAAGUGGUUAAAUCAAGUAGUAAAGAUGAAUAUCUUAAAACAAUUUUACCGUAUUGUGUAAGUGUUUUAAAAAAUAUAUUGAUUCCAUCAAACAUUGAUGAAGCUACAGGGAACGAUCACUUAGUAGCAGACAUGCAACAUGUCGCAGACAAUGAAGAUAGCAAUAGAUCUCAAAACAAAAUUUCCUCUGUAGCUAAAUUAGAAAAACUUGUCCGAAGGAAAAAAUCAGUUAAUCUACAGUCAUCACAGGUAAAAUAUAAUUAUAGUAACGAAUUAUUUUUGAAAAGUAGUACUGUUUAUAGUAAAGUGAUCACAAAAAUGUUGACAGAAAGCAUUUCAAAUAUACCUGUGAAAGUACAAACGGACAGUAAUGUGAAAAGUGAUAUAUUUGUUAGUAACGGUAAUUUAGGAAAGUGGUUUAGUGCUAAAGUAAAAAAGUUUAAUAACUCUGAGUUAAACAUUUCACAAAUAGAGGCAGCUAACUUAAAUAACAGAGUCACUGAUGGUAUAAGAAACAUUUCCAAAUUAAUAGGAAGUUUAUCUCUUGUACUGGAUGUUCCAGGACACGAAGGGACUGAAAAUUCAACAAGUGAUGCAACACAUGAAACCAAAAACAUAGAAAAGGUUUUUGACUAUCCUAGUUUUAGGUCUGGUAUUGCUUCAUCUUCAAAUGAGUCAACAAAUGUCACAGAUAGUCAUAAAGCAACUUUUAAAAGUGAGGAAUUACUUCCUGUUGACGUACCUAGUGGUUUUGCACCAGUAACAGAUUAUAUUGAUGUGAUGAAAACAGGUUCAAGUUUGCCAACUAGGGAUACAGUCUUUAUUUCUAAAAAUGUGCAAAGCAUAGAUGGGAAUUUGGGUGACAGUUCUCUAUCUGGAUACAUGAACACUGAUUCCUCAGUGAAUACAGAUUUCCCCAGUUCCCUCUCAACAUUGCCCACUGUACAGCAGGAAACAGAUCAUACACAAAACAAGCAGUUGUCGAGUGAUACAGAAGAAAUAAUUGAGACUGUUGCACCUGUGGUACAAAUUACUUACGAAAAAAAAGAAACACAUGAAGUGGUUGGUUCCGAAAAAAGUUCAAAGGCUGCGUUGAUUACUGGCAUUAUUAUGGCAGUAGUCAUAUUUGUUGGUUUGUCUGGAACAGUAUUACUUGUUCUAUUCAGGCGGCAUUUCCUCAACAAGCCGCAGACUUUCAAUGACAAGUGUAGUAAUCCUGAUUCCAGUGGCUACAUAGACGAUAGUACUUUAAGGGAAAAUUCAGAAGAAAUGUAUAGCUUGGAUAAUGAUUCAUUUUUGAACAGUCUGGAAGCGAUGACAAUCCAGAACUAUUGGACUGAUAAUGUAAAACAUACAAAACUUUAAUCGGUGUGAUCAUAUCAUUUUACCUCUUGAACAAGUUCGUGCAGUAUUGCUGGUGCAGAACCAACUUGUAAAUCAUUGAUGUUUGUACAUAGUUGUGUUAUUGAAAGAUUAUUUUAUGGGUGAGAUUUGUAAUCAAAAUAAUUGUUUGAAUAAAAGAUUUUACUUUACAUGAAACAA